AUGGUUAUUUACAUAUGGUUUGAUUUAAAUGUCAGUUGUAAACAAAAAUAUAUUUUACAUAUUUUCUGGUUUUGUAAAAGGAUAAAAAUGUCAGGUUACGGUUCCAAAAGAAGAAGCAAAUUACCAGCACGUAGUUAUUCCUCUGAAGAUGAUGAUGAUAGUAAUCUUUUAUCUUUUCUUUUGGAAUUACAAAAAAAAAGUUUAGGGAAAAAGCGUAAAACGUCUUCAACAAAAGCUAAGCCAAAAAAACGAACAAAGAAACAAACAAAACCAAAUCCAAAUCCAAAUGAAAUAGUUAAAGUACAAUCUGAUGAGGAACAUGAAGAUGAUAAUAAAUCACAUUUUGAAAAUAUUCAAUCAAACAAAAUUGAUAACUUUUUUAAAUCUCGAAUGUUAAUAUCUGAUUCUGAAGAAGAGCUAAAUUUGGAUUCCAACACAGACAUUAAAUUUGUAGCAAGGGAAUUACCUAAAGAGAAAAGGUUUUAUACACUUGAAAGUGAUAGUGAUGAAGAUUACCUAAAACAUUCAGAGAUUAAGGAUACAACUAUUAGUAUUGAUAAUUCAAAGCCUAGUACUAGCACAGCAAAUGACAGUGUAAUAGAAAUAGAUGAAAAGACAGAGACAGUUGAAGAGAUAUUGGCCGACAUUGAUUUAAUCGCCCCAAAAAAUAAGAUAACUGUUCUUGAAAAGGACAAAGAAGAGAGUUGGAAUAAUAUGCUGAAGGAAACUGAAGAAAUUUUGGAAUCAGUAUCAAAGUUGGUAGGCAUUGAAAAGAAGGAAACCGAAGAACAGAACAAAUCUGACAGCCCAUCAAAGUCUACACCUUCAUGUCCUAUUUGCCUGGAAAGUUUGUCAAAUCAAGAAGUGUCAGCGACUAUUUGUGGACAUCUGUUUUGCAAACCUUGCAUAAAUGCCGUUUUAAAAUCUACAAAUAAAAGGUGUCCCACUUGUCGAAAGGCACUUAAUGCUAAAAAAAUCCACCCUCUUUAUUUGUAAAUCAGUUUUUUUUUAUUUAAAUUUUAAGUGUUAAUUUUAGGUUAAUAAAUACACAGGCAAAUUGAUUUGGUAUUACUAUACAAGUUAAUUAUUAAAUAUUAAAAGGUUUCCAUUAAAAAAUCAAUAGUUUAGGAAUGUUUAGUCAAAUUAUUCGUUAUCUAUCCCUACAUUACAGGAAUGAAAAGUUAUUUUUCAAAACUGUAUGUACCUAUAGGUUAAGGUGACCAGAUUUCUGCUGCCUCAUUGCACGUCCCGGAACGGGGUGGGGUAGUUUAAGAAAAAUUAAAUAAAAAUCUUUUUUUUUAUUAAGUAAAUACGUGUGGAACAUUUCCCCACUUGAGUCAUAUUUAACAGGAUAAUCGGUUGGUCGAAAUAUAUUUACUAGUGCCAUAGGUAAUCAAACCAAUUUUUUUUAAAACCUCUAAAUAUGUUAAUCAAACACAAAAAUCGGGACAAAAUUUCAAAAUUCGGGAUUGUCCCUCUAAAAUCGGGACGUCUGGUCACCUUAGUAUAGGUGCAUUUAAAUUAGUGAAAACGCACAAAUGAGGAGAAAAUACAAGUUCCUAAGGAAAAAGUAAGGUUAUAAUGGAAAUUUAAUUAUGAAGACAAACAAAGCGACGUAGAAUAGUCGACGCGACCUCCAUACCUUCCCUUGUCUGUGAUUAUAGUAUUUAUAUAUCAUUUCCCCAUAUGAUUUUUUUGAAUUUUGGCAAUAUUUUAAACUUGAUAUUUUGAUUUGAUUUUGAAGUAGAAAAAAAUACACACAAC